CGUGUCCUUUAUAAGAGAUCAAAUUAUCUCCUCUCCGCUUCUCUCUUCCUCCUCAAAAGAUCAUCCUCCUGCAUCUUUCAAAAACCCUAGAUUCACCAGAAAGAGACUUGAUUCCUGAUUCUCUCGUACGAUAUUCUCAGAGUCAAAUUCGCGUCACGGUGCAAAUACGUUUUUGGCUAAUCUGAGUUUGGAAGAUGAACAACACACAAGAGUUGAGAUGGACUCGUUGCGGCGGCGGCUUUCGACGGAGGAAAGCUUUGAUUGAUCUUAAUCAGGCGCCCAGAGAUCAAGAAGGAGGGACCUCUGCUUCCGAAACAGCACCUCCUAUUCAAGCUUCGCAGCCUGUCCAUGCCAUGAUUGAUGUGGAUGCUAUUGAAGAUGAUGUUGUUGAAUCAUCCGCUAGUGAUUUUGCUGAAGCUAUAAGCAAAUCAUCAGGUGCACGCCGGAGACGUUCGAGGGAUGGUGUAGAGUCAGGUGGUAUGACUAGGUUGUCUCCCAGCAAACGGAGAAGAGUUCCUCCUAACCAACCUGUGAUCGACUGUGAGGAUGUCUCUCCAACUCCUCCUCCUCCUCCUCCACCGGAGGAGCCUAAAUUUUCGUGUCCGAUUUGUAUGUGUCAGUUUACUGAGGAGAUGUCAACCAAAUGCGGCCACAUCUUCUGCAAGGGAUGCAUACAGAUGGCGAUAUCUAAGCAAGGCAAGUGCCCUACUUGUAGGAAAAAAGUGACUGUGAAAGAGCUGAUUCGAGUGUUCCUUCCAACCACCAGAUGAUUGAUAUAUCAACAUUACCAAUCACCUUGUCUAAUUGUUUGUCAGAUUACAUACUCAAAUUGGCGUUGGAACAUUGAAGGGACUUGGUUUGAAUAUUUCACUUUUUGUUGGAAGACAAGGUUGAUUAUUCAAUAAGGCCCCUAUCAUUUAGUUGGAUUAUCAAAUGUCUAAGCAACUCUUUGUUUCCUAGUUGCUGUUUUAUGUAAUUUAGGUGUCUCCGCAAACCUCUCAGGCAAUGCCUCUCUGUUAUAGAUGAAAAUUAUAUAUGGGAAAACUUUUUUCA